AUGGCAGCCACAACAGCAGUACCACCACCAGAACUGCGCAGAAUCAUCUUGCGCGUGUUCACCACCAAGCACUCUCUCCAGCUCCACUCAUCUGCGAUCUCGUUCAUAACCUCGACGCUGGCCGAGCAUGGGCUGCUGGACCAGCCACUAGAAUGGGAGGAGGCCAUCGACGCACUCGCUCAAGGCGUCGUUGAAGGCCAGUCCGAUAUUGACCCAAAGGCGCCUUCGACGUCUCGUGGACCGGCAGCACGUUCUCGAGAGGCCGACGACGAUGACGGCGCCGGACCAUCGGACGUGGUGACGGCUGCAGCGCUGGAGAAGGUGUACUCGAGGCUCGUCGUUGCUGAUUCUGCCGCACACGCGGGUGCUAUAGACACUGCAGCGAACGGCGUACCUCGACACGCGCACGAGCUUACGGAUGGAGAGCUGCCGGAUCCACAUCGAUACUUUGGCGUGCAUUCUGCUUUUACGCAGCCCAAGCUCGCCUUUGAUCCGAUCCGUAAAGUGUUUGAGCCGGCGACGCUCGCGCCUACCGUUCUUCCGACGGCGGGGACACGAUCUAUGUUCCCGCGCCAACGGUAUCAUAUCCUCAAGAGCGUCAUUUCGAGAAACGAGAACUUUUGCCCGCCGCUGGCUAUCCCCACUGCAUCGGGGCGCAGCAGCAACAGCAAGGACAACCUCGCCGAUGGGUUUAUGAAGCUCACUUCAACCAAGAAUCUGUUGGGCAGGCAGGGGCAGCGAUUCCUGCUGUUUGGGAUGCUCAGCACGUCGUCGGAUGGAAGGUACGAGCUCGAGGAUGCAGAUGGAACGGUCGGGUUGGAUCUGGCAGACGCGAUUCCGGGAGAAGGCAUCUUCACCGAGGGCAGCCUGAUCCUCGUCGAAGGGGAGUAUACCGUCGAGGAGCGCAUUCGCGUAUUCGCCAUCGGUCAUCCUCCGAGCGAAACGCGCGCACAGGCUCGAUCAAUCCACGCGCAUACGGACUUCCUCGGCCCACCGCAACCGCCCUCGCUCGCCUCGAGCUCCGCACCGAGCGCGGGGCGAGCGACGACGGCGUGGAGAGGCGCCAUGUCGGUGAAGGAAGAAGCGGCAUUCCAGGUGCACGAAGCCAACCAUUCGGAGCUGUGCUUUGUCAUCUUCUCGGACCUGCACCUGGACCACGCCAAGACCAUGUCGGCGUUCGCCACUGUGCUGCAGGGCUACGUGGACGCGGACUUUAUCCCGUUUGCGCUGGUGCUGUGCGGCAACUUUGCCAGCCAGCAGUACUCGUCCGCAGACAUGAUGCAGAGGUACAAAGCAGGAUUCGCCGCACUGGGCGACACGCUGUCGUCGUUCCCCAGCGUCGUCCGCACGAGUCAUAUUAUUCUAGUGCCCGGCCCGCAGGAUCCGUUCUCGUCGAGCCUGGUGCCACGCCCGGCACUGCCCGAGGCGUUGGUGCAGCCACUGCUGUCCAAGCUGAAAGCGCUGCAGGGGACGGUGCAUCUGGCGUCGAACCCGUGCCGGAUCUCGUACUUUUCGCAGCAGCUGGUGGUGUACCGCGACGACACGAUGACGCGCUUCUUGCGCAACACGGUGCGCAUCAAGGACGAAACGCACGAGCAGGAGAGAGAGCAGAGGGAGCGCGACGAGAGGGAUCUCAAGAAGUUUUUGGUCUCGACCGUGCUGGACCAGGCGCAUCUGGUGCCCUUGGCGCAGAGGAUCCGACCGGUGCUCUGGGACCACGACCAUGCGUUGAGCCUGUACCCAAUGCCCACUGCUUUGGUGCUGGCAGACGCAUACGAUCGGUACGAGUUGACGUACGAAGGCUGUCAUGUUGUCAAUCCUGGCUCGUUUCGUUCGGGCAAUGCCUUCGCCUGGACGACCUACUAUCCUGCCACACGACGGACCGAGCCGAGCGAACUGCCGUUGAACUGA